GGGGCCCAGGCCAGGGCGCGUCCGCAGCUGCCGGAGUCCCGGGAUCUCCCUGCGUGUCCCUCCCGGUCCCAGUGCGGUCCCCGCGCUCUCGCCCCACCAUGCUUCUGCUUUGGGGGCUGUGCUUGGGGCUUUCUCUCUGCGCGGGAUCGCAGGAAGAGGCACGGAGCUGGGAUGACACUUCGGAGCAAGUUGGACUCAGGAUCCCAAGGCAACUCAGGCUGCUGCAGAGGCUGAAAACCAAGCCCUUGAUGACAGAAUUCUCGGUGAAGUCUACCAUUAUUUCUCGUUACGCCUUCACUACAGUCUCCUGCACGAUGCUGAACAGGGCUUCUGAGGACCAGGAUGCUGAGUUCCAGAUGCAGAUUCCAGCUUCAGCUUUCAUCACCAACUUCACCAUGAUUAUUGGAGAAAAGGUGUAUCAGGGUGAAAUUACAGAAAAAGAAAAGAAAAAUGGUGAUAGGGUAAAAGAGAAAAGGAAUACAACCACAGAAGAAAAUGAGGAGAAGGGGGCUGAUAUGUUCAGAGCUUCUCUAGUGAUUCCCAGCAAGGACAAAGCCAUCUUCCUCCUGAGUUAUGAAGAACUUCUGCAGAGAAGACUUGGGAAGUAUGAGCACGUCAUCAGUGUGCGACCCCAGCAGCUGGUUGGGAGACUGAAUGUGGAAGUGAAUGUUCUGGAGAGGUCAGGCAUCACGUCCUUGGAGGUACCCCCACUUCACAACAGCAGGCAGAAGGGCAGUGGGAGAGGGGAAGCUGCAGAUGAUUUGGGGCCACCUCCUUCUACUGUUAUCAACCAAAAUGAAACUUUUGCCAAGGUCGUUUUUAAGCCUACUGUGAUACAACAAGCCAAGAUUGCCCAGAAUGGAAUUUUGGGAGAUUUCAUCAUUCGAUAUGAUGUCAAUAGAGAACAGAGCAUUGGGGACAUCCAGGUUCUAAAUGGCUAUUUUGUGCACUACUUUGCUCCCAAAGACCUUCCUCCUUUGCCCAAGAAUGUGGUCUUUGUUCUUGACACCAGUGCCUCUAUGGUGGGAACCAAACUCCGGCAGACCAAGGAUGCCCUCUUCACCAUUCUCCACGACCUCCGGCCCCAAGACCGCUUCAGUAUCAUUGGGUUUUCCAACCGGAUCAAAGUGUGGAAGGACCACUUGCUGUCCGUUACUCCCCUCAACAUCAGGGACGGCAAGAUCCACAUUCACCAUAUGUCACCCAGUGGAGGCACAGACAUCAACGGCGCCCUUCAGACAGCCAUUGGGCUGCUCAACAACUAUGUGACCCAUAACGACAUCGAGGACCGGAGUGUGUCCCUCAUCAUCUUCUUGACAGAUGGGAAGCCCACCGUUGGGGAGACCCAUACCCUCAAGAUUCUCAACAACACCAAGGAGGCUGCCCGAGGUCACAUCUGUAUCUUCACCAUUGGCAUAGGGAACGACGUGGACUUCAAACUGCUGGAGAAACUGUCGCUGGAGAACUGUGGCCUCACCCGGCGCGUGCAUGAGGAGGAGGACGCUGGCUCGCAGCUCAUCGGGUUCUACGAUGAGAUCAGGACCCCCCUCCUUUCUGACAUCCGCAUCGACUAUCCCCCUGGCAUCGUGGAGCAUGCCACCAAAACUCUGUUCCCCAACUAUUUCAACGGCUCAGAGAUCAUCAUCGCCGGGAAGCUGGCGGACAGGAAGGUGGAGCAGUUGCCCGUGGAGGUCACCGCCAGCAACAGUAAGAAAUUCGUAGUGCUGAAGACGAAGGUGCCCGUGGAGCCCCAGAAAGUGGGGAAUGAUGUCCCAGGAAGCCCCAGGCCCAAAGGUGAUGGCCAGGGAGACCCCAGCCACAUCGAGCGUCUCUGGAGCUACCUCACCGUGAAGGAGCUGCUGAGCUCUUGGGUGCAGAGUAAUGAUGAGCAGGAGAAGGAGCAGCUGAGGCAGAAGGCCCAGGCGCUGGCCGUGAACUAUCACUUCCUCACUCCCUUCACGUCCAUGAAGCUCAAGAGGCCGACUCUCCACACUGGUGGGCUGGAGGACAUCCAUGGCAUGUCUGCUGCCACAGGCCCUGAGACAGUGAUGCAGAGCCUGCGGGGAGCUGGCCUGCAGCCAGGGCCCACUCUCAAGAAACCAUAUGACCCAAGAAUCAAAAUCUCUAAAACAUCAGUGGAUGGUGACCCUCAUUUUGUGGUGGACUUCCCCCUGAGCAAACUCACCGUCUGCUUCAACAUCGAUGGGCAACCCGGGGACAUCCUCCGGCUCGUCUCUGAUCACGCGCACUCUGGUGUGACAGUGAAUGGAGAGUUAAUCGGGGCCCCCGCCCCACCUAGUGGUCACAAGAAGCAGCGCACCUACUUCCGCACCAUCACCAUCCUCAUCAACAAGCCGGAGAGAUCAUACCUGGAGAUCACACCCAACAGGGUCAUCCUGGAUGGCAGCGACAGGCUGGUCCUCCUCUGCAACCAGAGCGUGGUGGUGGGGAGCCGGGGGCUGGAGGUGUCUGUGUCUGCCAACGCCAACGUCACUGUCACCAUCCAGGGCACCAUUGCUUUUGUCAUCCUCAUUCACCUCUAUAAAAACCCAGCGCCCUUCCAGAGAAACCACCUGGGCUUCUACAUCUCCAACAGCAGGGGCCUUUCCAGCAACUGCCACGGCCUCUUAGGUCAGUUCCUGAACCAGGACGCCAAACUCAUAGAGGAGCCUGCAGGGCACAGCAAGAAUCUUACCAAUUCUCCACUCCUGCCAGCAGGAGGGACUUCUGAGACCAUCCUAAAGGUGAAAGGGCACCGAGUCCCAGUGGUAUGGAAACAAAGGAAGAUUUACAACGGGGAGGAACAGAUAGACUGCUGGUUUGCCAGGAACAAUGCCGCCAAACUGAUUGAUGGGGAGUAUAAAGAUUACCUGGCAUCUCAUCCGUUUGACACAGAGAUGACAUUGGGAUCUGAAACCAGCAGCCUUAAUUAAUAAGAGCACGUGAAAGUGAAAUGACUUUGGGGGCCGCAGGGGGGUAGCUCUUCUUGUUGCUUGUGCACACCUGGUUCUUACAGUGAGCUGCGCUCCAGAGCCUACCCCUGCUAGGGUGGAGCUUUGGUGUCUGCUUGGACGAGGGGCAGGGGCAGGAAGCUCUAGAGAAAAUAUUGUUUCUUUCUCCUUCCUCUCUCCCCUGGCCCCCCAUCUUCAGUCGAGGAGAAUGGUAGCACCAAGGAAAGAAAGGUCAUAUUUAAGAGCAAGAAAGUUUGUAUCAUGUAUCAUCUGGCUCUCCCGUCUUGUAGCCUACCAUACAGUAACCUUUUCUGAUGAUGCGAGGUUGCUUGAAACUGUUUUCACUGGAGAAACCACCAAGUGCAGGCCCUUUGCUUUUUGCCUUAUAUUCAUGCAUAGAGAUCUCUUCCCUACCCACAACCCCAUUGACCCUGGGCCACAGGCCAUACAGACAGCACAUACAUUGGAUCAUUGUAAAUAAUUAAAUCCUUUUUUAGGAGAGGAUUUUCCUCUGCUAUGGAAUCUUACCCAUAAAAAUUAAUGUUGUUUUAAAACUUUUAAAAAACAAAUUUUAAAAUAUUUUUUUAAAUGUAGAAACAUGUACAUCCCAGAUACCAAUCUCUUUCCUUUUAAAGAGCUUUAUAAACCACUUGAUUUUGCUGGUGAAUAUUGGUGCAAUUUAUUCCAAUAAGCUGAGUGCUUUUGAUAAACAGGACAACCCCACAUGGAUGGUGUUUAUUGGCCCGUCUUGGUGCUGGGGAGUUGGUCAGUUGAAAGGCGAAUUGUUAGCUUGGAACUCUUCAGACUGUCAGGGCUUCUGGGCCAUUUUUUGACCUCACCAUCCAGGAGCUGAUGGAGGGCUCCCACAUGGCGCUGGCUGUGAGGUAGAGCUGGCUCAGAGGGAGCCCACAGCCCAGGUGUAGGAAGAACCAGCUUGCAUGCUGGCAGCAGGAAGGGCACACAUGUCAGAAAACCUAAAUGGACUUCCCACUUCUUAGAUGGGCAAAAACCAGGAGACCAGCAUGAGCAGGGAGUGUUGGUUCCAGAACCUGGGCAAACCUGAUCCCCUAAGGAAAAUGUUAAAAUCAGAGAGGCUGAAAAAAAAGGCAUUUCCUUCCAAAUGCCCUCCAUAAAGCCUGGGCAUAUCACCAAGGGGAACAAGGUGUGAUGGGCCGAGAGCCUCUGUGCUCCCCUCCAUAGCACUUCUCAUUCUGCUGGGCUUGGUCUUCUCGGAGUCACUGGUUGGAAGCAGAUGGACCCAGGGGGCAGCUGAGACAAACAGCAGAGAAAGACAGACUGUGGUCAGAGAAACAGCAUAUUUUGAUGUGGUACAGAGUGAAGGGUCUUGUGCGGGCUCACAUGGGGUUUCCUCUGUCCAGCCUGAUGCCAGGGCAGCCUCUACAUGAAAUGGGAAGGCAUGCACAGCACCUGAGAGACCACCGAGCAGAGAAAAUUGUUUACCGUAUUUACCUUCCUGUGGGAAACAUCGGUGCAGUGAAAUGACAUCCUCAUGCUCCCAUCAGAGACUGGAUUUGGGAGCCAGUUGGCGCCAGGUGACGGAACUAUCCCUCUCAGGGCCUCCUUCUCUCUGCACUGACCCACCCACCUGACCACGGCCUGUCAGCUGUGCUAUUUAUCUGGCUCCCCUCUUACCAAACUCAGCUGUCUGUUUUCCUGCCACAUACGGAAAACAUAUGACAGAUGUUUCCAUAUUUUAAAGCUCAGAAAAAGAGGAGGGACACAAGCCAGGGCUGACCAGUGCCGUCCUGGUCAGAUUCCCUGGACCUUCCAUUAUAUAAAUCCCAGCUGAGCAGACAGUCCUGGUGCCAAGAGGCCCAGACCCCUGUGCUGCACGUGGAGCAAUGGUCUGUUGUUCCAGGUGUUGGCCUCACACUGGAGAGAGGAGGAUCUCAUUAGGCAAGCCUGGUCACUACUACAGCAGAGAAACAUAUUCCAAUGAGAAACUCAGCAGUUACUGUCCAGCUCAGACAACAAAAAAAUUACUAUAUCAAAGAGGAGCUUUUAAAAUUAUGUUUUUACUUUAGACAAACACCAGUCCUGUUUCUCUUCUUUAGUUGUAGAUCAUUCUUUAUUUGCAGAAGGUAUUUAUCAUUGAAUUUUCUGUUGGAGCUGGAAAUUCAUAUCUGUGAGUACAAAACCCCACACCAGUAUAAUAUGUAGGACUUUUUAAUUUGGUUGGAAAAUGUGCUUUUUUUUUAAUUAGCCACAUGUAUUAUAAAUGACAAGCUCUUUAAAGCAAAUGCAGAGGAAAAGAGGAAUUCUCUUGUCAGAGAAACUAAGGCAGGGUAUAGUUGAGUGAUUUUUCUAAAAGGCUUAGAGCAGGGGGAGGCUGAACUGCCUCAAUCCAUUUUGUUAGCUUUGACAUUUUUUCACCAUCUGGUCAAUCAUUUAUUUUCCUUCUGUUUUUUUUUUUUUAAAUUGGAAGGUUAUUAAAUGAGUAAUUGAAUGGAACUGAGAAAAAAUGUUGAAGUUAGAGGAGAUAAAUCUCACUGUUAUCGUAAUAGCUCAUGUUAAUGAGUCAUAAUGGAUCUUGAGCAAAUCCACAUCUUUGGGUUCCAACCUCCUCCCUCCUCUGACAGAGGCCUCUGAAUGGGUCAUCUUUAGGGAUCUACUAAUUUAAAGUUUCAUAUCCCCCAAAUAAAAUGAGCUGAGCAUUCCCUGUCUGCCAGGUCUAGUGCCUUAUCUUCCUCUGUCUGAGUUGGGUGUGAUCUUCCCCUGCAGGCUAGAGGGUGAGGUGUUUGGGAGGACAGACCAGCACCACACUCCAUCUGAGCUGGCCAGCUGUGAGAGAGGAUGCAGGGGACUUGGGGAGAACUCCUCUUUGGUCCCAUAUCAGGAGGAACAUUAAAUAUUUACUUGAAUCCUGUCUUCUUUGUAGGUGGAUUAGGAACAGGAUUCUCUAUCUUUUGGCCUAACUGAAUGCUGUGGAACAAAUUCCUGUGUUCUUCCAAAAUUUGUAUGUUAAAGCCGAAGUUCUCAAUGUGAUAGUGCUUGGAGGUGGGCUCUUUCAGAAGUGAUUAGGUCCUGAGGACAGAGCCCUCAUGGAUAGGAUUAAAGCCCUUCUAAGAAGAGACAAGAGAGAUCAUCUCUCUUGCCUCUGCCAUGUAAGAAUAGAAUGUUUGUAGACCAGGAAGCUAACCAUCACCAGACACCAAAUCUACUGACACCUUGAUCUCUGCCUUCCCAGCCUCAAGCAUUUAUUGAGAAAUAGAUGCUUCUAUUGAAGCCACCCAGUCCAUGAUGAUCUUGUUAUAGCAGCCUAGGCCGAGGAAGACACUCAAUCAUUAUGCAUUCUUUUUCCUUUCUCUGAACUACCCAGAAUGCACGCAAACAAUGCUAUUAUUAAAAUUUGAAAGACUCUUAGAACCAUAAGAACACCAUCUAGCUAAAAUAAACAGCAAAUAAAAUAACACGACUAAGCAAAUACUUAGAAAUACAAUUUUAAAUAUUUAUUUUAACAACCCAUUUUCAAUUAUAAGGAGGGUACAAGAGAGUUCACAUUUCAAGAAACAUAUUUUCUUAAACAAAAAUUUGUAAAAAAAAUGAGAUCUAAAAAUAAGUAAUGAGGUUUUUUUGUUUAUUUGUUUGUUUGUUUUUUGUUUUUGAGGGAAAAUAGGAUCAGGACUAGGGAGAAUAAAGCAAUGAUCCUAACAGUGCUGCUUGUAUGUAGGUCUUUCUGAAUUGUAGUCAUGAGCUACACAAUGAUGUUUUGGUCAACAGUGGAUGACACGUUAGGACAGUGGUCCCAUAAGACCACUUUAAUGGAGCUGAGAAUUUUCUGCUGUCUAAUAUUUUUGCUGUACCUUUUAGAUGUGUUUAUAUGCAUAAAUACUUUGCAUUUUGUUUGCUUACAGCAUUCAGUGGUAACAUGCUGUUCAGGCCGGUAGCCCAGGAGCAUGGGAUAUACCACAAGUAGGUGCAUAAUAAUAUGCCAUCUAGGCUUGUUUGACUGUACUUCAUGAUGUUCUCACAGUGACAGAGUAGCCUGUGGCACAUUUCUCAGAAUGUAACCCUGUCAUUAAGCAAUGAAUGACUGUAUGUAAAAUGAUAUGAGAAUGGAAUAGUGACAUUGAAAGAACAAUGUUAAAGUAACAUGUUAUUGUACAGAAAGACACAGCAAAUUUA